GAGCACAUGUGCGGAUUAGUAAAAAAAAGACAGUUUCGAAAAUUAAUUUGAAAAAUGGAAACAAUGAUUAAAGAAUCGAAAAUUUCAUGUGAAAAUUCAAAAAAUCCGAGUGUAAUUAUUAUUGGAGCAGGAGCAGCAGGUAUUGCCGCCGCAGCUAAACUUUAUGAAAAUAAUUUCAAAAAUAUCAAAAUUCUCGAAGCUGAAAAUCGAAUAGGAGGACGUAUUCAUACAAUUGAAUUUGGCAAUCAAAUGUUAGAAUUGGGAGCUCAUUGGAUUGUUGGUGAGCAGGGAAAUAUUAUACAUGAAAUGGCAAUGGAAUAUGAAUUAUACGAAGAAGGUUUGGGAAUGACAGACGAAUUAGAUGAAAAAAUAUUCGAUUCAUCGGGAAAUUUGAUAAUUUUUAAUGAAUUAGAAUAUGAAAAACUUAGUGUAAUUUCUGAUCACGAGGGUAAUUUUGAGCAUUACGCUAAGAAUAAUAAAACAGCAUCAGUUGGCGAUUUUUAUAAUGAUAAAAUUGAAAAAUUUUUAGAAGCCCAUCCAAAAUGGAAAUCAUAUAAAAAAGGAAUAACAAAUAUUCUUGAUUUAAUAAUGAUGGGUUUAUAUUCAGCUGACUCAUGGAAUGAUGCUUCAGUUAUUAGUUAUAUUGAAUAUGAAAAAUGUCCAGGAACUUAUGUAUUUCAUUGGAAGAAACGUGGGUAUCAAUCGAUAAUUGAUAUAAUAAUGAAACGUUAUCCAAAACCAGAAGAAGAAUUACCAAUUAUAAAUAAUAUUAUUCUAAAUACAAAAGUUUCAUUAAUUGAUUAUUCAAAUGAAAAAAUUAUAAUAAAGACAACAAAUAACGAGAUAUUCACAGCAGAUCAUGUUAUCGUUACAUGUUCUCUGGGUGUAUUAAAAAAUCAACAACAACUUUUUAAACCCUCAUUAUCAAAAUUGAAACAAAAAGCAAUUGAACAAAUGGGUUAUGGAAAUAUUGGAAAAAUUUAUCUCUUCUACAAUGAUCCAUGGUGGCCACUUGAAACAAAUGGUAUUGGAUUUAGUUUUCUUUGGAAGGACAAUGAUUUAGAAUCAUUCGAUAAAAAUGACAAGAAAAAUUGGCUACAGGGAUUAAUUGGAUUUUAUACAUUUAGUUCUAAACCAAAUAUACUCGCCGGAUUGGUUACGGGAAAAUAUUCACGUGAUAUGGAAAAACUCACUGAUGAGGAAGUAAAAACUCAUUGUUUAGAAAUUUUACAAAAAUUUCUUGGUAAAACUUAUAAUGUCACUUGUCCAACGUCAAUAAUUAAAUCCAAAUGGUAUACGAAUGAAAAUUUCCAUGGAACUUUUAGCUUUUUGAAAAUAAAUAGCGAUCAUAAAAUUGCAAAUCCUGCAAAAUUGUCGGAACCUGUUAUUAAAGAUGAGAAACCAAUAAUUUUAUUUGCCGGCGAAGCAACAAGUACAAAUCAUUUGGCUACAGUUCAUGGUGCAAUUGAAACUGGAUGGAGAGAAGCUCAAAGAAUUAUUCAACAUUAUUCCUGAAAAUAAAAAAUUAUUUUUUAAUUAAAUUUUGAAAAAAUUAAAAUACAAUUUUAUUUUCAACAUAAUUAAUCAAAUAAAUAAUAAAUAAUUGAACAUAUUAUAAGAUUCUUUAAAAUUAAAAACUUUUUUUUAAUUAUAUGCAAAAAUAAUUUCACAAAAUUGUAAAAUUAUUAAUUGAAUACAAGAUUAAAAAUA